AAAUAAAUGGGACAACAAAAACCGCGAAAAGAAGUUGAGUCCCUCCAGUUUGCGCGCGCGGUUCAGUUUGGGCAACUUUGUGCAGCGGUCCGUCCGAUCCGCGUCGGUCCGCGCGGGCGCAGCAGCAGCACCAGAGGAGGAGGAGGAGGAGGUGGUGGAGGCGGAGGUGGUGGAGGAGGCUGGAUGUGGCAGGAGACGGGUCACUGAGCUGCAGCGAGACGGGUGCGAGUUUUCCCCAGUCCUCAACUCUCCAAUGUCACCGGACAGGAUGAUGAUCAUCGGACUUCUGCUCGGUGCUUUCUCUUGUGGAAGUGAGCCGGUCGCCGCCUCCUGGGACUGCCUGGUGGCGGAGCAGAGCUGCGUCCAGGAGCAGUCCUGCACGGCGCUCUAUCGGCUGCUGGAGUACUGCGCGGCCGAGGAGGCCGUGUCGCCCCUCGGCCGGGACGCCCGCUUGGAGUGCCUGGAGGCACAGAACUCCCUGCAGCAGUACCGCCCCCUUCAAGUCUGCAAAUGCCAGCGUGGCUCCCGCAGAGAGGAGCACUGCCUCCGGGUGUACUGGACUGUGAGGUUUGCAGCGUAUGACGAGUAUGAUGUGUCCCCGUAUGAAGAGCUGGAGUUGAAUCUCGUGAGAAAUAUCGAGAUGUCACGUAUGGCCUCCAUCAUGUCAGCUUCCUCUCUAUCCGUCGACGGCCCGAAUCAGUGUCUGAAGGCGGCGCAGGACUGCGGCCUGUACGAGAAAUGCGGCUCCCUGCGGUCGGAGUACGUCGUCGCCUGCACCAAGCGGUCGACGGCGUCCGACAACGCGUGCAACCGCCAGAAGUGCCACAGAGCCCUGCGGCGAUUCCUGGAGCGCGUGCCGGAGGAGUACAGCUUCGGCCUGCUCUUCUGCCCGUGCUCGGACACGCUGUGCGGCGAGCGUCGGAGGAAGACCAUCGUCCCGUCGUGUUCCUAUGAGGAGAACGGGCGAGGGGAGGAGAGGGUGGGCAAGCCAAACUGCCUCAGUCUGCAGAACUACUGCUCCAGAGACGAGCUGUGUAGAUCCAGGUUUGCUGAUUUCCAACACAACUGCCAGCCCUCCCCUGUGUCUGCUUCUGGCUGUGUGCGAGACAGCAGAGCCAUGUGCCUGAAAGCCUACGCUGGACUCAUAGGCACCAUCAUGACUCCCAACUACGUGAGCAACAGCAGCACAGACGUGUCUCAGUGGUGCACGUGUGACGGCAGCGGCAACGAAUGGCAGGCCUGCCAGCGCAUCCUGCACUUGUUCAGCAGCAACACGUGCCUGCGCAGUGGCAUCAGCUCCAUGGGGAUCCCUGCACCUCCUCCCGUGGAAAACACUCCCGCGCCGGCUUCCCAGCCCCCCCCGCGCCUCCACCAGGAGAGGGGCCGCGUUAACACCCUGCCCGAAUUCAACAGUAUGGAGGACGCCGAUGAAGAGGAGCGGAAGGAGGAGGAGGAGGUGGAGGAGGAGGAGGAGGAAGGCGGGGAAGAAUUUGACAUCAUCCCUGCGUAUUCGGAGAAGAACUCUAACACUGAAUCGGGGGCCAGGGGGAGCAAAAAUGGAGCAGGUGGCCCAGCAGUGCCGGUGUUAACAUUGCUGCUCACCAUCCUGCACUGGCAUUGUUGGAGCCACUGAAGCCUCCAUCUCAUUCUCCGCUCACCGCUUUCCUUUUGUUUUUGUCAUCUUCAAAUC